UCGCGUCCUCCGCCAUGUUUUCAGAUCUUCAGAGAGGUGUGUAGUUCACAAGACACACACACAGAGGAGGGCUGGCUGCUCUUUUCUUUUGUCUGACCUCCUCUGCAAAAAUGCACGCCUUACCACUAAUUCCUCACGUUUCCUUACAACCUAUAACUGCUUUCGAGCCAUAAAUUUGGCAACCCCUUCUAUGUAUGAGGGAAUUAACGGAAGAUUAUCAUUAGCUCUUCAAAACAUCUCGGAAUGUUCUCUAAAAAACCUCAUGGGGAUGUCAGGAAAUCGACACAGAAAGUCUUGGACCCCAAGAAAGACGUGCUGACAAGAUUGAAACAUCUUCGAAUCGUUAUUGAAAAUGCGGAGCCUGCUGAACUCAAACACCUCUUUGAGCAGAAUUACUCCCACAUCUACUAUGUGUUCUUUGAAAACUUUGUCACCAUUGAGGUUAACCUGAAACAGAAAGGUCACAAAUCACAACGAGAGGAGCUUGAUUCUAUUCUCUUUAUAUUUGAGAAAAUCCUACAGCUGUUACCAGAGCGAAUACAAGGAAGAUGGCAGUUCCACAGCAUAGGUCUUGUUCUCAAGAAACUGCUACACACUGGAAACUCCCUAAAGAUCCGGAGGGAAGGAGUGCGUCUGUUCCUUCUGUGGAUGCAGGCUCUGCAGCACAAUGCUCUGAGAGAGCAGCUCUGGAUCUUCGCCUGUCUGAUCCCAGGAUUCCCUGCACCACAGUCUGAGCUGGGCCCUCGAACCCUGGAUAACCUGAUCAGCCCUCCCCUUAACCUUCAGGAGACUCAAGUGACUCCAGAGGAGAUCAGCCCCCUGGUGCCACCUCAGUCAGGUGAUAAAUCCCAGGAGGAUCUCACUGGCUACUUCCUGGAGGCUCUACUAAAAUACAUGGUAAACCAGGCCAAAAGUCUGGAGUGGAAGUGCAAGGAGAACCACGAGAAGGGGUUCGCCUUCCUGUUCGCUAAUUUCAAAAAGUAUUACCUGCCCCAUAUCUUCCCCAACUUCUCCAAGGAGACCAGUUUGUACAAUCCUAUUCUGGAGGUUCCGCCCAUGAGACCAAAGCCUUACUACAUAGUUGUUAAAAGAGACCCAGAGACCAAUGAAGCCCUGUACUGCACUAAAGAGAACUUCCUCAAUGCCAGAGUCAUAUUUAUCCGCUGGCUGGUCUCCUUCUGGCUGGAGCCACGGUCAAACACAGGAACAAACAUCCCUGGCAUGGAAGGAGAAAACGUGCCAAAGAAUAUCCAGAGAGCGGCGGCGGGCCUGGCUGCCCGAGGGGAUGAUGGCGGCCCAAGACCAGAUAGUCUGGAUGGGGGUGUGACUGGCGAGCCGGAGCAGUCACACUCCAACACCAGCACCCUGACAGAGAGAGAGCCCAGCUCCUCCAGCCUCUGCAGCAUGGACGAAGAGCACCUCACUGACAUUGAGGUGGUGCGCCGGGUCCUGUGCUCCUCUAGAACCAAUGUCAACUUUAUCACUGAGAUCUUUCGACAGGCGUUUCUGUUGCCCAUGUGCGAGGCUGCAGCCAUGCGUAAGGUGGUGCGGGUGUAUCAAGAGUGGAUCUCUCAGCAGGAUAAGCCUGUGUUUAUGAGAGAGCCAGAGGAAGACCGAUUCGCAGGCCAGCUGGACGCUGCCCACGAGCAGAGAACUGAUAAAGAGGAGGUGGAUAUUGGGCUUACAGUGUCUGUUCACAAUCGAAACCCUAAUUGGUGCAGGAGUUCUGGGAAUAAAUACUCUGAUUCCGAGGUUUUGGAGUACAAUGUCCACGCUGGUGUCCAGGCCACAUUACAGGUUUUCAUCACCAACUCCUCUAACGUCUUCCUUCUAGAGGCAGCCAAUGAGCUGAAGUCACUUCUGGAAGAGCAUGUUGACAUGUGCAAGCGUGUGCUCAACAUAUACCGCAGUCUGGUUAUGCAUGAAACCAUGAACCAGAAGACCUGGGAACAGAUCUUGUUGGUGUUGCUAAGGGUAACUGAGUGUGUGAUGAAGAGGCCUCCAUCCAUUAUGCCUCAUGGGAAGAAGAGUAACACUUUAUCAGGCCGUUUGGCUGGGGCCAUUUUUCAGACUCUGAUUGUGGCCUGGAUCAAAGGGAAUCUGAACGUGUACAUCUCUCGGGAGCUGUGGGACGACCUGCUGUCUGUACUCUCCUCUCUCACAUGCUGGGAGGAGCUGGUCACUGAGUGGUCCCUCACCAUGGAGACACUUACCAAGGUACUAGCACGCAACCUUUACAGCCUGGACUUGAACGAGCUGCCCCUGGACAAACUCAGUGAGCAGAAGCAGAAGAAACACAAAGGCAAAGGUGGCAUCCAUGAAGGCCAGAAAAUCACUGUGGAUCGGUCUUUCUCCAGAGGCUGGAGUCGAGACCCACCAGGCCAAGCUGCUGCUAUGAGACAGCGCAGCGCUACCACUGCUGGCUCACCAGGCAUCGAGAAGGCCAGAAGCAUCGUCAGACAGAAGACUGUGGCUCUGCGUAGUUGCUCUACGGGGGACAGUCUGCUGUCCUCAGCCUUUAUCCGCAGCGCUAAAAGCGCACCUGUCCUGAUCCACCCCGUACACCCUCUCCUGCCUGAUUCUGUCCUCACUCCCCUAGCUGACGAGCUGUCAGACCUGGAGGAACCUCCCAUGGUUCAGCGUGGGCCGCGGAUCCGCCACUGCUCUCAGAGCGAGGAGACCCCAUCGUCCGAGGUGUUUUCCGCCUCCGGUGAGCUGGAGCAGCCCCCUCUUCCCCGCAGCAGCAGCGCCUCUGACAUCAUGGAGCCCUUCAUCGCAGAACGGGUCAAAGGUGCACUUCCUGUCUCUGACAGUCCCUCUCACUCCUCCCACUUUACCACCACCACUUCUGAGUCCCCCCACAGUUCCCCGACCCCAUACCAGCUUACUGACCCACACCAACCCCUCGACAGCCAGGCAUCCCUGGAGGUGGGCGAAAGCAUCUAUGACCAUCUCUGCCAGAUGCCAGGGCAGCAGCCCCCCUUUAUCCCCGAUUGGUCCUGUCCGGCUGCGGCCUUGACCAAUCAAACCGAGGGCGAAGGGGAGGAAGACGUCUUCAGUGCUUUUAGGGAGUUUUGUAGCAAGGAGGAUGUGAAAAUGGAAGCAGGUGCAAAUAACAAGCAGGUGCAGUUUGAGGGAAGUGGGGAUUGGGCGCUAGAAUGGGAUAAAGAGAUGGAGCAAAGUGAGAAGAGUUUUUACGAGUGCUUAGAGCAGUGCAACUGGGAUUUGAGUGAUAGUACGCAGCCAGCAGAGUGCAGCAAAGUCACGCAGCUACAACGACAGAACGCCACAGACAGGGUUAGCGAGAGCGAGCUUAGUCCACAGGCUUCCCAGUUUGCACCGAGGCCCAAGCUGUCCCAUCUUGACCCCAAAAAACGCCACAGCGGUGGGGUCCAUGUCAGCUUCCGCCCAUCCACAGAGUCCGUGCAGUUUCACAACCCUCUGGACCCCAAAGAGGCACACUGGAAGACCCGACUUCGGCGUCUUGGCCACUUCAGCAGCCACUCGGUUGGGGCGAGCGGGGCAGCAGCAAAGGGCGUGGGGGAGGGGGUCGCCUGUUGCGAAGCGGUUGAGCCUGAUAGAGGCUCCAUCAGCGGGGCUAGACGUGGCCGACUCGGCCGUCCGACUCUCCGCCCGCGGGGAUCCCGCUCUAGGUCUCAGGAGUCAGGUUGCAGUCCCUCACGGCAGCAGCAGGUGGCGCUGUUGGGUGUGUAUAAGUCUAUGGUCCACGCUCUCUCCAAACCCAAGGCCCAGGCGGCGUCGCCCCAGCGUCAAGGCAAAGCGCCCGCCACUGAGGCCCACCUGAAGGACCUGUACACUCACGUAAUGGGCUAUUUUGGAAGAAAAACAUCAGCCAAUAAAGAUGAGCUGACACCGAAGAUGAGGCCCAUGUCCAACGAUGCUGGCAGCAGCAACCCUAAUGUCAGUGACCUCAUGGACGAGUUCAUCCAGGAGAGACUGAGGGCCCGAGACACUUCUGUAUAUCCACAUUCAGGCAUGACAAGGCGUGGCAGUAGCCCGGGAAGUCUGGAGAUCCCCAAAGAUCUACCAGAGCUCCUGAACCGCCAGAACGCCACACGCCCUGCGGACGACCCCGGUGUGCCCUCUGAGUGGACCUCCCCAGCCAGCGCAAGUGGAAGUGAUCUCAUAAGCUCUGACAGCCAAUCAGAUUCCUUCAAUGCUUUUCAGUAUGACAGCAAGUUUGAAAAUUUCAGCUUCCCCCCUGAGACGUGCGCUCUGGCCUCUGUGGAUCAGGAUAGUUUGGGAGGAGCAGGGCAGACCGCAGAGGAACAGGAGCUUUCCAGUCUCACAACACUCCACAUCGACUCUGAGACCAGCAGCCUCAGUCAGCACGGCCUGUCUGCUGACACGGUCACCAUUACUGGUUCUGAGAGCGCAUCUCCAAUGCACUCUCUGGGAGGUUCCCGAUCACAGACGCCGUCCCCCGCCACGCUGACCGCUGAACAUGUCCAGCAUAAAGACCUGCAGCUGGAUGAGAAAAUGCACCACUCUGUGCUGCAGACCCCUGACGACCUCGAAACCAGCGAGUUUCCGACCGAGGACUGUAGUGUGAUGGCUGGCGGCACUCUGACUGGCUGGCACGCUGAUGUCGCCACAGUGAUGUGGAGGAGAAUGCUAGGCAUUCUGGGAGAUGUCAACUCCAUCAAAGACCCUGAGAUCCACGCACAGGUCUUUGACUACCUCUGCGAACUCUGGCAGAACCUGGCCAAGAUCAGAGACAAUCUCGGGAUCUCCCUUGAUAACCAGUCGUCUCCACCCCCACCGGAUCUUAUUCCACCUCUGCGGAUUCUGACUCCCUGGCUUUUCAAAGCCACUAUGUUGGGUGAAAGAUAUAAGCAGGGAAAACUCCACGCCUACAAGCUCAUCUGUAAGAUCAUGAAGAGGAGACAGGAUGUUUCACCCAACUCUGACUUUCUCACGCACUUCUACAACAUCAUGCACUGUGGCCUGCUUCACCAAGACCAGGACAUUGUGAACACUAUCAUUAAGCACUGCUCUCCACGCUUCUUCUCUAUUGGACUUCCGGGAGCCACUAUGCUAAUUCUGGACUUCAUUGUGGCAGCGAGCCGUGUAACCGCCUGCUCGUCCCUUAAUGCUCCACGGGUAGAGGCUCAGAUCUUGUUGGGUUCCUUGGUGUGCCUCCCAAACUUGUACAAUGAGCUUCCUGCACUGCACCCUACAACAGCUGACAUCAUCAUGACGAAAUUCACAGAUGUCAAGGAGCAUAUAAUCAAGCACAUCCUGACCUCUGCCAGAGAUGAGCCUUCUGCACCAGCAAGGUGUGUGGCACUCUGUAGUCUGGGUAUUUGGCUCUGUGAAGAGCUGGUCCAUGGCACUCAGCAUCCGCAGAUCAAAGAAGCGCUUAAUGUCAUCUGUGUUACUCUCAAGUUCUCAAAUAAAACCGUUGCCCUGGUGGCCUCGGACAUUUUGCACCUGCUCAUAAACUACGUUGACGAACUGCAGAAAUUCCCGCCUAACACUCCAAAGAAAAUAGUGGAGGUCCUUAUUGCAACCAUCACUUACCUUCUUCCAGUCACAGAGUCCUCCCCUCAUGAGCUGGACAAGAGGCUGGUUGUGUCUCUGCUGCUAUGUUUGCUGGACUGGGUGAUGGCUCUACCUCCAAAAACUCUCCUCCAGCCAGUCCAAGGUGCCUCAGACAAGGAGAAGACUGACAAGUCUGUCCUAAGCUGCAUCUAUAAAGUCCUCCAUGGCUGUGUGUAUGGGGCACAGAGCUUCAAUAACCCCAAUUACUUCCCCAUUCACCUGUCAGACUUAUGCAGCCCAGACUAUGACCCUUUUCUACUACUGGAGAACCUGAAGGAGCCAGAGCCACUCCAUUCACCUGACUCUGAACGCUCCUCCAAAUUGCAGCCCGUCACUGAAGUGAGGAGCCGUAUUCAGCAAGGCCUGAUUUCAAUUGCGGCACGCACGGUGAUAUCUCACCUGGUCAACCACCUGGGUCACUGUCCAAUGAGUGGUGGUCCGGCCACUUUGACCAGCCAGGUGUGCGAGAACCAGGAUAACCCGUACAGCGAGAGCGCAGACCUGACCCAAGAACUCUUUGAUGCACCCAACUUGCAGUUCUUCGUGCUUAAUGGUACCACCCUGCUGUCCUACCUACAAAUCCGGGCAGAGGACGGCCUGCCUGGUGGCGGGAUGUCAGCUGGCCUUACGACCACCAGUGCCUGCGUUCGGGUGAUCGUGAGAGACAUUUCCGGCAAACACUCCUGGGACUCGGCUGUACUGUAUGGUCCACCUCAUUGCAUCAUGCCUAGUCAAACUUUGCACCUCUACACAUCCUCCAAUCAAGGAGGGGGUGGUAGAGAGCGUGGCAGAGAUGAGGACAGUCUAGAGAAAGGCAGUCAAGAAGAACCAGAGGAUGAAGCUUUUCAGGAGAAUGAGGAGGACCUAGAUGAGCACGAGGACGAGAUGAAAGAAGACAGGGAGGAGGAAGAACUUGAGGAAGAGGACGAGGAGGAAGAGGCGGGUCUGGAACUAAUGGCCCCACAGGCCAAACGGCGGUGCAGAGAGGUGAUCCCGAGCUGGGACUCCCUGCAGGAUGGGGAGGAUGCUCUGGACGAGAUGCUGCAGUACCUGGGAUACUCCAGCCCAGAGUGCCUACAAUGUACUGGUGCACCACUGAACAUUCCAGCCCCGCAACCCACCUGCGUGUCCGAGAAGCAGGAGAACGACGUCAUCAAUGCCAUCCUGAAGCAGUGUGCCGAGGAGCGGGACUUCACGCUGCAUCGUGGGAAUGAGCUGAACAUGAGGGCCGUAGUGCAGCAAGAGCCAAGCCCGCAGAGACCCCAGUCAGCCUUCUACUACUGCAAACUGCUCCUCAACAUACUGGGCAUGAACUCCUGGGAGAAGAGGAACAGUUUCCACCUGCUGAAGAAGAAUGAAAAACUACUGAGAGAGCUGAAGAAUCUGGAUUCAAGGCAGUGUCGUGAAACACACAAGAUUGCUGUGUUUUAUGUGGCAGAGGGGCAGGAAGACAAGCACUCAAUUCUGUCCAACACAGCUGGGAGUCAGGCGUAUGAAGACUUUGUGUCAGGCCUGGGCUGGGAGGUGAACCUAACGAGCCAUUGUGGUUUCAUGGGCGGCCUGCAGCGGAACAAGAGCACGGGUUUGACCAUGCCCUACUUUGCCACCUCUACAGUUGAAGUGAUGUUCCAUGUUUCCACACGCAUGCCUCCGGACUCCGACGACUCGCUCACUAAAAAGUUAAGACACCUGGGUAACGAUGAAGUGCACAUUGUGUGGUCCGAGCAUUCGCGAGACUACCGGAGAGGCAUCAUUCCUACUGAGUUUGGAGACGUGCUCAUCAUCAUAUACCCAAUGAAGAACCACAUGUACAGCAUCCAGAUCAUCAAAAAACCUGAGGUGCCAUUCUUCGGUCCUUUGUUUGAUGGAGCCAUAGUGGAUGGAAAUAUCUUACCCACAGUGGUGCGAGCCACAGCCAUCAACGCCAGCAGAGCUCUAAAAUCCCUCAUUCCUCUUUACCAAAAUUUCUACGAAGAGAGAGCAAGAUAUCUGGAGACGAUAGUCCAGCACCACUUGGAACCGACAACGUUCGAGGACUACGCGGCCCGUGUUUUCUGCCCUGCACCUUUCCACCAUCUCCCAUCUGAAGCAGAUCAUAAUCUAUCACUUGUGUAUAUCUAAAGUGGGAAGUCUGCAACAUUCAUUGCAUGGCAUGUUCACACCAGAUCCCUAACACUGACCAACAUUUACACACUUUACCACUCUCAGAUGUCACUCCACUAGGUUCCUCUAAGGGUGUGUUCUCUUGGUUCUUUUGGUCUGGACCAAAUACGAAACUGAUAUAUUAAGUCCUGGUUCUCUUAGCGUUCACUAAGCCAUGAUGGUAACUCUCCAAAAACCCACAUUAACAGAAACUCUUCUAAAUUAGCAUAACAAAACAGUAAUCACUACUAAAUCUCCCACUUAACAUUAAUCUUGCAAUAUAUAUAUAUAUUAUUUUAUUUUAUUUUAUUUUAAUUUUAGCAUUUACUCUCCCUUUCGAGUGCCACAGGCUUGGAAAUAGAAAUCCCAGCCUAGUUUAUUAAACUUAAGUUUGUCUAAAUUAAAAGAAAUAAGUUCAUAAAACUCAAAACAAUGAAACAGUUGAAUUUACUUAAAAUAUAUCAGUUCUGUGAACUUUAAAGAAAAACAAAGUGCUAAAUACUCAUGAAAGUUAAUUUGACUGAACUAAUUUGUCUAAUUUAAGUUUGUCCUAUUUAAACCCAUUAAUUAUUUUGAGCGUUAAGGUUCUUAUAAAAUAUAAGUAUGCAGCUUAUGAAAUAUGUAAAGGAGUCAAAACAGCACAAGGAAUUCCUAUCUUACACACAAAUGAAGAUCUGCGAGGAGACGCAGUUCCGAUAUCUGUACUGAACUGUAAUGGGCAACAUCGCUCUAAAUAACAAGAAAAAAAUGCUAUUCUUGAGCAUCCUGUCCUUUUUAGAGUCAUAUCUUGUGAAAUCACAUCCUUAUUUUGUUUCGUUUAGAUGUCUUUGGUCCAUCUUGCAUUCAUAUUUCAGUCAAACAGCACCAGAGUUCAUUUGGAAGUGACCUACUGCUUGUUUGGUGCGCACCGGGGUUCGGAUGGCAGCCUUCCCACUUGAACUGCAUUACCUGAGCAAUCGCACCAGAUUUUGUUUUAAUAGAACCAAACCUGCCAAGUGUGAACACACCCAAAGUCAUGUCUGUGUCUGGCAUGAUCUUACAGCUUUACUCACCUCAUCUUCUUUUCUUUAUAUCACACAUCUUUCUGUCUGUUUGUGUAAAUGUUGAAUGUAAGCACCAGAAUGGUACCAUAUAACAGCUCUCAUAUAGAUAAUAGAGCUUAACGGUGGUUGGCAGCUUUUUUCAGCAGUAUUUCCAUAAGUAUUUCAGAAGAUUCUUAUUAAAGAAUCUUUAAAUCAACUCUUGACUGAUCCACAACAUUACAACAAUUCUAAUGUCUUUUCUGUAUGGAAUGAACCACUCGCCCCUAAAUCACUGCACAUAAUUAAAUCUGAGAUUUUUUUAAACAUUUUUACAAACUUUUCUCAUCAGUGAACACUACUACCACUGUGCUGUAAUGCUAACAUCCUAUUUUAAUUAAUGUUAUGUAGCUGGCUAGCUAAAGUUUCCUAGCAAGCUUCUGUUAGCCUGCUAAAAAACUCACCAGUGUGGAGAUUGCCUGUCUCAUUUACAAUAAUAUUCAUUUGAUUGUCAGUAUGAUUUUUUUAUUUUUUUUUUAAAGGAAAUUAAUACUUUUUUAUUCAGAAACAAUGCAUUAAUUUGAUCAAAAAUCACAGAAAAGACAUUAUUGUUACAAGACAUUUCAUUUCUAAUUCAAAUAAAUGAUGUUCUUGUGAAUUUUCUAUUCAUCACAGAAUCCUGAAAAAAAAAAAAAAAAAAAAAGUAUCACAUUUUCCAUAAACAUAUUAACCGUUUUAAACAUAGCAAAUACGUAGCAAAUCAGCAUAUUAGAAUGAUUUCUGAAGGAUCAUGUGACACUGAAGAUUGGAGUAAUGAUGCUGAAAAUUCAGCUUUGACAUCACGUCUAUCAGCAAUAAAUUAUGUAUUCUAAUAAAAACAAUUUCAAAUUGUAAUAUUUCACAUUAAUACUGGUUUUCACUGUAUUUUUGAUAAGCAUAAGAGGGAAAAAAACUAAGCUUUUGAACGGUAGUGUAUCAAAAACCUCAGAGCUCGUGUGUAGAUCUGUUUUAAAAUAUUUUUAUGAAUAACGUUGCAUUAUAUGAUUAUGUGAAUGGCAUUUUACCUCCGGAACUCUAUUGCUGAGUGCGAUUGAUUUACAGAAGUAAUUCAGGUACAGUUUUACGGAUGAUAUUCUUGUUAUUCAAAACAAGUAAAGAGUAUUAAAUGUGGUUUUGCAACAUCUUUUCGGUGAGAUUGGUGUCACAGCAUUCGUUUUUAGAAUUUAGUUACUAGUGGGUGGUAAUUCUGACAUCUUUUUUUUAGUUCAGUUUAAGUGUGUGUGAUUGAAUAAUAAACAUUUGUGAGCUUAUGGAGAGAUCAACUUUUGCAUUUAUUGUCUUGUAUUUUAUGUGCACCUGCUACUGUUUUCCCUCCCAACCUGCUCAUAUCUUUAUCUUAUAUCUCUUCUUCUCUUUUUCUUCCUCCUGUCUUUUUAUAUUCUUUCUCUGCUUCCUCUUACAUUCCACAUCUAUGCCCAUCACUUUGUAUCUUUCCUGCCCCUCUCUCCUGUCCUUUUCCCAUCCUCAUCCGCACCUCUCUCAUCCUCCUGUCAUUUCUGUCCAUUCUCGCACCCCAAGAGAGAAAUGCUGUGAUUUUUCUGCUCCUUCCCAAACCUCCACUAGAAAACAUUGGGCUCAUCAAGGUAAAGGGAAAAGGCUUGAAACGGAAGGUCUUUCACGCUAGCUGUGAAUGGUAUGCUGGACCUGAAAACAGCAAAGUACCCUCUUUGUGUUUUUUCCUCCCCAUUCCUCUUUUUUACAAUGUAGUUUGUGUUGCGAUAUCAUAACUGCACCCCCGUUGGUCUCAUCCGAGGGACGAGGUGUCAGAUUUCAGCGUUGAUUAGUCCCAGCAUCCCUUGUGAUUCGCUCUGUGAAAUUCACCCACAAUGCACUGGUGCAUUAACCUCUCACGCCCCUCAGGAAGGGAUUUUUCACACUUCUUUUGCUCUCAAUUGGUUACAUUUAUUGUAGCACGACAUAUCAUAUGCAAAUUUGCCAAAAUGACUUCAACCGAAGUAUCAGAGAGGUUUUUCCCUUUCCAAUCUGAGUGAAAUUCACAAUGAGACUGAUUUGACAUUACAAAAAAAAAGUCAAUUUUGUUUAGUAUAGACAUUAUAGACCCAAUUUCCAUUUCAUAUUCUAAUUCACAAACCCAAGUCAAAUUUAGUAAUGAGAUGCCACAUUUGAGUAGAUGUUUGAGAACAGUGUGCGAACGAUCUGGCUGUCGUGACGUUCUGAUCUGUCUUUUUUUUUUCUUCUUCCUCCUCCCUUCCCUCCCCAACAGGCUCAUGCCUCGAGAGUCAGCUGGCCGAAAGUCCAGCAAUGCAGGUAGACGGCAGCGACUUAGCCUCGCCAAUGUCACCUCGUGCUAGCAAGAGCCGGAUGUCCAUGAAGCUUCGCCGUUCCUCGGGUUCCGCCAACAAGACUUGACCUAAGUGAGCAAACACACACGACAACUUCCUACGGGACACUCCACGCCGUUCGCGCUCACUCCAGAACGCCGCCCACUGCACUGUCAGAGACAAACCACACCCUCUUGCCUGCGACAGCUGUCGGACUCCUCCCAUCCAGAGCCAGAAAGAUCAAAGAACAACUGAAAUGUUUAUUUUUUUGUCGAUCGCUGAUGGAUAUCGCAUUGCAUUUUACUUAAAUAACUUCCACUGCUGUUGCCGUAGCUGGUGUCACUGAAGCUGCCCUCUACUCAGAGUGCGAGCGAUCGUUGAAAAAAAAAAAAUCAUAGUCACAAAAAUGUCUUUUUGAUUGACCAUCGUAUCAACCACAACUUUUUUUAUAUUUGUACAGAAGACGCGCUGAGGUUUUCGACAAUUUGCCGGCUGGAGACGUGCUCGAAACAUGUUUGUGGAGCAGAUUUACGUUUAAACUGAAGCACUUCUUGGUGUUAAAUUUAUUUCAGUUUAUUUUCACUCCUAAUGUGUUUUUAUAUAACUUUGACACUCACAUUUGUUGUUGUUUUUUUUUUUGCUGGUUUUCUUUAUGGAUUACGGUUUAUUGCAAUUUGUAAAUUUAGUUUUCUCUUCAUUAGAAUGUUACUGAUUUUUUUUUAAUGUUAUACUGAACCGCCCCUUUGUCAUUUGUAACUGUUAUUUGUGUGUAUAUAUCUAUAAAUAUAAAAUAUAUACAUAUUUAAUGUAUGUGUAUAGUGUAUGAACAGUAUCUGAUCUGUGUACAUAUUUGACAGUAUUUAAAUCAACCAAAAAAAAAAAUCAAAAGGCCACUUAGAACAAGUCUUCAGCUUGCAAGUCUGUCUGUAUGGCUAGGUUUUUGCUGGACUCUGUCAUUUUGUUUUGUUGCACAGCAGCCUUAGAGACGAGCCCACGCAGGUUUAUCAGCUCAUUUACAGCAUAAAUCAUUUGACUGCAGCGCUCUUUUUGAUUCAUCUCAUCUUGGAUGGGAUUUUUAAGGAAAGUGUGAAUGAGUUGCCACAUUAACAGGUCUUGCAGGGAGACGGCGACGUUGCCAAAUUGAACCGAACUACCCGCUUCAGGACGUUUUGAGCUAGUUCAAAAGCCUUUAAUGUAAUCUUGUUCUGUUCUUUUGGUUUUUUUCUAAACGUGCGCGAAAAACAUCUUUGACACUAGCAUUUCUUCACGUUUAAGGGAUUAAAGGGUAACUGACCCUAGACUACGGAUGCAAGUUAUAACUGUUGCCAUGUUUAAGAUAUGUCAAGUUUGUAUAUUUUCUUGAAAGCUAUGCGAGACUUAAUGAGGGUCAGAUUUUUAUUAUUUUUCUUUUUAAUUUGAAAUCAUUUAGAAAUUUAUCGCAAAAAAAAUAUAUAUGUGUGGAGUUGAAAUCAUGCAGCACACUUCUGGAUUGAAAUUAUACCGUGUAUAUUAAAGGCCUGCACACGAGCAACUGAAAACCUGCGCGUAAUUUCAAGAGGUUAAAAAAAAAAAGUCCUCAUGGGUAGAUUUUGUGUGUUACUACUGACCAAAUGCUGCAUGAUUCCAGUACUAACUGCAUGUGUUGAUAUAACAGCUGCACAACACGCAAGCACACGCACAGAUGUUGUCAUACGGUAGUAUAUCUAUACAUUUGUAUCGGAUGUCGAAGGAGAGUGGAUGUGCAACUACACUUAAGAAUAAAAGUAUUCUUACAACAUAGCAAA